UAAUAAGUCAUCAAUGUUCCAUAAGAAUUUAUACUUCUAUUAUUAGAUUGUAAGUUUUGUCUGACAAAAAAAGGUAGUUGUGCACUUACAAGGCACCGAAAAAAAGAUGAGUAAAAAUGCAUUUAUGAAAAAAGCGCCAAAGCCACAUAGAAAGCGAGAAAGGUCUACCAUUCAAUGAAUGCUUCAUUUCAUACAGGUAAUGAUCACAGAAACAAAAUGUGCUAAGUUAAUUAAUUUUGACCUGUUGAUUUGUUUAUUCACUUUGAUGAAACAAGCGCAUUGCACUGAGUUACGGAACAUCAGUAAUCCAACUUUCUACUGAUUGGAAUGUUAAAAAAACACAUACCAACAAACAAAAUUAUUUACAAUUAAAUCAUCAUUGGGUUUUACUCUAAUUUUGCAUUUCAAUCUGUGUCAGGUAUGAAACAGUUAUUCACUGCAGGCAAUGGAUGGAGGUCUGAAUUUAGGUGUUAACACCGUUGAAUUCUGGCUCAGAGGUUAAGCGUUCGCGUUGUGGACUGGAGAUCCUGGAUUCGAUUCCUGUACGCGGAGUCGUGGAGUCCCAUGCUAGAAUGAAAUGGCCAUUUGUUGCUUCCCGGUUUCCAAUGAUGGCCUAUCUGAGAUCAGUUCUUGAUUUAAACGGGUACAGUAAUAUAAUAAUUGUUAAGCUUUAUCUGGCCAAAGAAGGGUUAGGAGUGUUACAUAUUUCUUCUGAAUACUUAAAUUGGGGUGUUAUGAAUAUAUUAUUAUUAUUAUUACUAAACAGUCCACUCAAUGCUCAGUUUAUUUGAAAUCCUUCAGUCAAACUUUGUCAAUGAUACUUACACAUAAAUAUCAAAUAGUCACGGUUAAACAACAAAAAAUUUCAGAGUAAAAACAAAUAUAUUAUUAAUUCAAUUUUAACAAUUUUAAUUAUCCCGUUGUUGAUAUUUUCGAAUCAAAAUCUACUGGAUUCGAAUCCCAGAGUCCACAUUGACUCAACCGAUGAAUCCAAAAUGGGAUGAGAUGUGUAUCCUGGAUUCGACUGACAGUCAAAUUUCAUUUAUUUUAAAGGAACAGUAUUGUUGCUUAUGUUGUAGAAUUCAAAUGGGAGAUUAUGUUCAGAUAGUAUGAAAUGUGAGGUUUUCUUUUCUAUUAUGAUACUACUAACAAGCGAAACUUUAUUAUAGUGUAUUUUGUUAUUAUGACAUUUAAAAAGGAUGUGUAAGAAUG